ACACAGCCAACCAGCAGCAGGAUUACAAACACACUUUUCAUUCAGAAAACUUCGCAAACAAAAACUUCUAAUCACUACCGGAAAACCGUUCCAUCACAACUCGGCUGCUUCCGCAACAACCGGACCGUAGUGGAUUACCAACGCCUCGAGGAAGGAGUUUUUUUGUGUGAUUUGAGGUAAAGUGGGUCUAUAGUGUACAACGAUAUGGCGACUGCAACCCCGAGCCGCGAGUCCAGCCGCGCAACGCCCGCCCAAACGCCGCUUAGCCCCGCGCGCAUCUCGCGCCUGCAGGAGAAACAGGAGCUGAGCGCGCUCAACGACCGUCUAGCCGUGUACAUUGACCGCGUGCGGUCGCUCGAGCUCGAGAACGACCGGCUGCUCGUCAAAGUGUCCGAGAAGGAGGAAGUCACCACCAAAGAGGUGUCAGGGAUUAAGUCUCUUUACGAAGCCGAACUUGCCGACGCCAGACGUAUUCUUGACGAGACCGCUCACGAAAGAGCCAAACUUCAGAUCAAUCUUGGAAAAGCCCAUUCUGAACUCGAUGAGGUCACCAAGAACUACAAGAAGAAGGAUGGAGACCUCUCUUUGGCUAUGGCUCGUAUCAAAGAACUGGAGGCUCAGUACAACAAGAAGGAGGCAGCGCUCAACAUGGCACUCAGUGAAAACGGCUCGCUUUCUGCAGAACUGGAGGACCUGAAGGCUCAGCUGGCCAAAGCUGAAGAUGCUCACAGAGUGGCCAAGAAACAGCUGGAGGCGGAGACUCUUAUGAGAGUGGACCUGGAGAAUCGCUGCCAGAGUCUGACAGAGGACCUGGAGUUCAGGAAGAGCAUGUUUGAGGAGGAGGUGCGCGAAACUCGCAGACAUCGCGAGAAACGCAUGGUGGAGGUGGACUCGGGCACGCAGCAGGACUAUGAGUUCAAACUGAUGCAGGCGCUGCAAGAUCUCCGCAAACAGCAUGAAGAACAAGUGCAGAUCUACAAAGAUGAGCUACAGCAGACCUUCAGGGCCAAGCUGGAUAAUGCUAAGGUGUCAUCUGACAUGAAUGAUAAGGCGGUGCUCACCGCCCGUGAGGAACUACAAGAAGCCCACGUGAGAAUCGAGAGCUUGAGCUAUCAGCUCAACGCCCUGCAGAAACAGGCGUCCACCGCUGAGGAACGAAUCCGUGAGCUGGAAGGCAUGCUGUCUAGCGACCGAGACAAGUACCGUCGUCAGCUGGACGCUAAAGAGCGUGAGAUGGCUGAGAUGAGGGACUGCAUGCAGCAGCAGCUUAACGAAUACCAGGAGCUGCUGGACGUCAAACUGGCUCUGGACAUGGAGAUCAAUGCUUACAGGAAACUGCUGGAGGGAGAGGAAGACCGGCUGAAGUUGUCCCCAAGCUCGUCCUCACGGGUGUCUGUGUCCCGCACUACUGCAAGCAGUACUAGUUCUUCACGUGCCUCUCGCUCAAAGAGAAAGCGUGUGGAACUGGAAGAGGAGUCUACCUCUGCACCUAAAUUUCAGAUCAACCAGGAGGCAGAAGCAACAGGCAACGUUAGUGUCGAGGAAAUCGAUCUGGAAGGAAAGUCUGUCACCCUCAGGAACAACUCUGUUAAGGAUCAAUCUUUGGGAAGUUGGCGACUAAAGAGACAAAUUGGAAAUGAAGAGGAAAUUGUAUACAAAUUCAGCCCCAAGUUUGUCCUGAAGGCUGGUCAGAAAGUAACGGUGUGGAGUGCCGAUGCUGGCGUGGCCCACAGUCCCCCUACAGCCCUGCUGUGGAAGAGCCAGAGCUCUUGGGGCACUGGAGAGAACAUCCUUACCUCAUUGGUCAAUUCAAAUGGAGAGGUAGUGGCAAAGCGAACUGUCACGAAAAGUGUUGUAGAGCUGGAGAAUGGCGAUGAGGAGGAGGGAGACUUUGGUGAUGAAGAUCUUUUCCAUCAGCAGGGUGACCCAAAGACCCAAUCCAGAGAAUGUGCCGUCAUGUGAUGGAGCCAUGCACCUUUAGUAUUUUCCUUACCACUAUUCAGUCUUUUGUAGAUCCACUACUUUUUUAUUUUUCAAAAUCAAGAGUUCUUAACACCCUUCCUUCCCUUUACCCCUCAUUUUUAUGGACCUCAUUUGUAAAGCCAGUUAAUCAUGGCUGCAGACGGUGCAAUUUAUCUCAGCCACAGUUUAUCAAUGAGUAGUCUUUCUGCCAGUUGACGUACCAGACAGACGUCGUAGGAGUUGGAACACUUCAGAAUGGCGGCAACCUCCCAUUACUGACUGUCGGCAGAGCGCCAUUAGAGGAGUCAAAAUGAUCUGAAAUUAGAGAGGAUUUUUGCGAGCCGGUGAUUAAGAAAUCUGCAUAUUCAUGCAAAUGAUUCAUGCGUGUUUUAUGAAUGGGGGAAAUAUUAUGGGUCUGACGGGUAGUUAUCUCCCUGUUUUAUGUUUUGUAGUGCUCUAUAGCCGUAACUGACAGCUGUCGCUUGGCACAACUCUUGUUUUUUGCUUCGCCAACCAGAUGAACAGGGUGGAUUGUGUUUUGUCAUUUUUCUAAUUCAUUACUCAUUCAGAGUACUUCCAAAAUAACUAUGGGGUUAAAAUCGUAUAAUGAUGUGUAUGUUUAAAUCAAUGAAUGCAUUUUACGACAUUUUUGGGAUAUCCCCAACCUAAAUAGCUAAAAAUAAAAUCUUGAAUCAUGCAGUUUGGCAUCAAUGCAUAUGAGCUGCAUUAUGUUGAAUCAUGUAGAAACAUUUAUUCAUUUGGCAGAUGCUUUUACCCAAAGCCACUUACAAAAGAGGAAUACAUUAUAAGCAAAUUAUCUUAAGGAGAAUCAAACUUAUAUGGGGAGUAUGCCGUUUAUAAAACACAAAUUGAGUAAAUCUCAACACUGAAUGUACUUUUUUACCUAAGUUUGAUUGAAUUCAUCAUGUGAUAUAUUUUCGUUGAAUUCUGGAUUGAAUUUGCCAACAUUCGGCACUAAUAAAAUCGGACCAGAAUCAUCAUGCUAAUAACAACAUGAAUCCUCAUUGAAAUGAACCAAAGAAGCAGUGAGUGACCUUUUUAUUGUUUAUAGCAAUUGAGACGAAUGAAACCAAUUGGUCUUGAUUGCCUAAUAUGCCUUUUUUCGUACAAGUCUUGCUAGCUUUGAACUAUUUGUGACUUGUCUCAGACACUCCAAAUAAAGGGAUCAAUAUUUUGAAAUCCCUUAACAGUAUUGAUCAAAUCCAGUAAGUAAUCCAUUCUUCCAUCCUGUUGAUGCUUUUGCAUUUUGUGUUUUAAAAGCUUGUGUUUCUCAGUCAAUUAUGCAUCCAUCAAAUCUAUUUUAUAUUCAGGUUAAAUUAAUGAACAAGGACACUGCUUACGAAUCUGUUCGGCCAUUAAGAAUUACCGUGAUCUCUAAGGAUGUGUCAAUUCUACCACCAACUGCGGUAUUGGACGAUACUGCAGCCUGAAUGUUAGCUUUUUGUUUAUAUUUCCUCUGGCGUUUUAAAACCAUAGUGCACGAGAAGUCUCAGUGCUUGCAUUUGAAAUGUAGAUGAAAUGCCUUGUAAAUCGGGAAAUAUAUCAAAUGCAGUGUGCUUAAAAGAUUGAUCUCUCAAACAGUUUUUAAUGUUUUUUUAGGUAAUGCAGUGCUUAAAUAUGGUUGUUUUAAUGGGGUAUCUGUAAUCUUAUGUGUUGACUUUUUUUAUGGGUUAUUUUGAUGGUUGUAUGAGAAUGGAAAAAGGAUAUUUAAUGACCUGAUAGUGUGUCAAGGGUCAGUGUGCGCGCACAGAUGUGUGUCAAAUUUAGUACAUGAAAUUGAGCCCAAGUAAAAUUGUAUUUGCGUACAUUUGUGACUCUGAGCUAAUAAAAUCUACUUUUGGUUAUUUCAUUUGACAUGCAUGAAAACAUGCAUUAGUUUUCUUGCUAAACACUCCGUUUCUGUGAAUUGAAAUCUUGUUUAACACUGUUUUCAUAAGGAAAAUAAUUUCCUUGUUCUUUCAGGUUUUAUUAGACAGGGCUGUGACUGAUGUAACAAAUACAAUGUGCUUUGAUAGAUUUUAUACAAAAUUGUCAAUCCGUCAUUGCAAUUGUAGUAAUUUACUGUAAAGAAACUGAUUUUUUGAACAACCAUCAAAAGCAUAGAAAUGUGAGUUCAAGGCUGCAAAAAUUGAGCCUUAAAUGAGUUGUGAAUAAACGUGAAUCUAAUUUGGUACGGGGGGGGGGAAAGUACUUCAUUGUUAGGAUUUUGAAGGGCUAUAAAAGGGGAGGGCACAUGCCAAGUGUCUUAUUCAUUUUGAUCUAUUUUACAUUGAUUUGUCAUUUUGUUUUUGUACGCAAUAUCCAAUAAAUGUUUUA